AUGGCCGAGAACAGCAGCACCACCGACCCUAGAAUCUCCUCGUCCGACUUCAAGCCUCCGGCCAACUUCAACCAGCUGUCCGAGCAGGAGCAGAAGCAGACCUAUAUGGAAUGGGCCAAGCAAAAGUAUAAUGAGCAGUACGAGAGCUGGAUGCCGUGGAUCGAGGAUCACUUUCUCAAGUACUUUACAAAGGACAACAAGGCCAGCUAUGCCACCAAGCAACAACUCGACAAGUCCAAGGUGACUGGCGUCCAACAGGUCGACACCCUCCAAGACGGCGUCAACAACCUCGUUGCCGGCCAGGUUGGCCAGGGCGGUCUCCUCCAGCCCGUGGGCGAUAUGCUGUCCAAGGAGGGCAUCAACCGCGCCGAGCGCCAAGGCAAGGAUGACAAGGGUGGUUAUCUGCCCUCCAACCUGCCCGGCAUCUCUAGCUUGACUGGAAGCAAGUAA